AUGUCUAGAGGUAAUCCAGCACUUUACUAAUCAACUUCCAAUUAUAGACUAUACUGGAGAACCUAUGUUAGCAAUAUGCUAAGCAACCAAGGCUCUCAGAAAUUGAUGUACCAAGACCUUCAAUAGAGAGAAGCAAUCAGAGAAAGAAGAUACAAGUGGGAGAUAUUAGAGAUCGAGACCAAUGACAUUCUCGACAGAGCUUUGAUCAAGGCUAAAGCCAACAAGGAUUUAGGUGCCAUUGAUGCCCCAACCUAUCAUAUUAUUGAGGACAAGAUCAGCAGCCUUAAGAAGCUUAAGUUCACCUAGGACUACGAGAGCUGGAAAGACAAGGACAUGCUUGAGUGGAUGAAAUACAAAGUAGCUGCCGAAGUCGGAGGAGAUGAUGAGAUCGCUGCUUUCUAGCAAUUCGAGAAACUAAAGCUCGACCAAAAAGGCGAAAAUGGAUAUAGAUUGUGGAGAGAUCAAAUCGAAAAAGAUCCCCAAGCUCAAAAAUUCAUUCCUUACUUAUGA